AUGACCACCCGCUUCGCAGCUCGCAAGCAAAGAAUACUCGCUCAGCUAGAUACUCCCGAUGCCGACUACCAUGACCUGUCGCCAAAAGGCUCUGUCGAUGCCCCAAUUCGAGAUUUGAUUGGAGAAAUCAACCGCCUCGAAGGCUUUGUCACGACCAGCAGUUGCUCAGGACGCAUCAGCGUGUUCCUGGAAGGCCGUAAGGCAGAAUCUUCCAUCGAUGAUUCCUCUAUUGAAGGCGACUCACGAGCUGGGCCUGGAGGAAAGGGCGGCGGGGGUGCAUGGCUGUUCCUUUCUCAUGAACCAGUCCAGAACGUGGAUAAAAACCAUGACUUUUUGCCUGAUUUCGGACUGAAGAAAUCCGAAGUCGAUAAUGAAGGACCAUCCGUCUCUAGUAGAUAUAUUCAUCUCAAAUUCGAGCCUAUGAUUCUGCACAUCUUGACUGCAUCUAUAGACGAUGCCCAGCACGUCCUCAAUGCAGCACUAGCAGCUGGAUUUCGUGAGAGCGGCGCUGUAAGCCUCGGAUCAACGAAAGGAGAAUCAAAUCCUAUAGUAGCUGUUCGAUCAGCCGGUUAUUCCUUCGAUUCCAUCAUAGGCUACCAGAACGCAAAUGGAGACAACAUUGCUUUGGUGAAUGAGAAGUAUCUGCAAACUUUAGUCUCUAUAGCAAAUGAGCGGUUCAAGAUCAAUCUCGACAGAAUAACCCGGUUUCGCAAUGCACUCUUGGAUACGCAACAACAGAGCACUUCACACCCACCUGAUUGGGAAGAUGCAGAUGCCAGGAAAAAGAGGAAGAGAGAAGAAGGCCUUGCACGACAGCAAGCUUUAAAAAAUAAAGAUGAAAAAGAUAAUCAGAAUAAGUCAACAGAAAAGGACUUGGAUGACAUUGGUGGGAUGUUCUUAUGA